GGAAUCCUGAGCCCUCUGCAUGUGCUCACAACAUCCCAGGCAGCUUAGUCCCCACAAGUAAAAGGAGAUAUGAAGCAUGGAAAGGGGAAAUUGGACAUUGGUGACUGAGUUUAUUCUUGUGGGGAUACCAACCACCAGAGCCCUUGGGGGCCUCCUCUUUGUGAUUUUUUAUCAGCCUUUUUGGUGACAGUCCUUGGAAACACCCUUAUUAUUACCCUGAUUCUUGUGGAUUACAGGCUCCACUCACCCAUGUAUUUCUUCCUCAGCAAUCUCUCUUUCAGUGAAACAUUAACCAUAACCUGUGCUGUUCCUAAGAUGCUGGAGGGCUUCCCAUUGGAGAGGAAGAGCAUCACAAGUGGUGAAUGCUCUGCACAGUCCUAUUUCUAUUUUCUUUCCGGAUGCACUGAGUUUAUUCCUUUUGCUGUCAUGUCCUAUGACCGCUAUGUGGCCAUUUGCAGUCCUCUUCAGUACCCUGCAAUUAUGACCAGCUCACUCUGUGCCCACCUCGUCAUCCUCUCCUGGGUGGGUGGCUUUCUCCUCAUCCUCCCAUCCACCAUCCUCAAGGCAGGACUGCCACACUGUGGUCCCAACGUGAUUGAGCACUUUUUCUGUGACAGCGCCCCUCUCUUCCACCUGGCCUGUGCUGAUAUUCGUGCUAUUGAGCUGUUGGACUUUCUUAGCUCCUUGGUCCUGCUCAUCAGCUCCCUCUCACUCACAGUGGUCUCCUAUGUUUACAUUAUCUCCAACAUUCUGAAGAUACCCUCAGGCCAAGGUCAACGCAAAGCCUUUGCCACCUGUGCCUCUCACUUCACGGUGGUCUCCAUGGGCUAUGGGAUCUCCAUCUUUGUCUAUGUUCGCCCCUCACAGAAGAGCAGCCUGCACAUCAACAAGAUCCUCUUUAUCCUCUCCAGCAUCGUCACACCCCUCCUGAAUCCCUUCAUCUUCAGUUUGUGGAAUGAAGCCAUGAAGGAUGCACUGAAGGACGCCUUGGCCAGAGGACAGAGCUUGCUCAAAGGGGUAAGGUCCACAUGAGGAUUCUCUGAGAAUACUUAGU